AUGUAUUACACAGGGAUGGUGACGGAGGAGACGCACCAGACUUGUUCGGACGAGGAGUGCUCUUCGCUGAGAAGCCAUAAAUUGCACGGCGGCGAUAGCAGCACCAGAGCACCAGGCGUUGCCUCCCUCUCGAUCUCCCUCUUCCAGCUCGCCAUCCUCUCGUCCCGUCCACUGGCCCAUUGCUGUCUAAAGUUCCGCCACCUCCCUCGCCAAACCCUCCACAUCCUUCACCGUCGCCGCGGGCCCAUCGCCAGGCCUCUUCUUCCUCCCACCACAAGUCUCGACCAAGAUCCUGCCACACCGUCUAUCGCAUGUAUCUCAAUCGGCAAGGUUGUUGGGGAUUCGAAUGUUCCCGAGCAGACAUUCCUUGGUCUUUCCAACAACGCUUUCUACCCUGUCGAUCCUUGUCUCAACGGCAACAAACUCGUCCACAGCGAACUCAAGCAGUACGUCAGCAAGAACGACUUCUCCGCCGCCGCGACCACAGAAAAGGGCUGCGUCGCCGUCGCCUCCAACAAAGAUGACCCUCGUCUGUUCGACCAUCUCGGAAUUAACGCAAAGACUGCUCUUCCUGCUCUUCCUGCUCUCCGUACUGUUCCGGGCGCCGACAAUCUCGAACACACACACACGAUGACUUCCAUUCUCUCCUCGCAAAAGGACGGCAGAUACUUUCCACCACAGCGCGCGGCAAUCCCAGCACGUUGGGAAAAUUCGAGCCCAUCGCCGAGCAACAAAGCGUCGAAGCGGAAUCCGACUUCAAAGCCUCACAACUCAACAUCCCCAUCACCGUGCAAUUUGACCGGAUCGUCAAGAGGAAGAGUUCUGGACGAGCGGACAGGAAGUUGGUGCGGUGUGGAGGGUGACUGCCCGGGCGAGGAAGAGCUGUGCAUGUCAUACUUGCAGCGGAGUAAAGAAAUGUUCUGUUGCCAACUACAUGGAUACGUCGAUCGCAGUGCCACCCACGCCGAAGUCCGCCGACAACAAUCUCAUUCCGCCGAUGUGCUCACCAAGGCACAGAUUCUGGGAAUCGAAAUUCGGGCUCUAGAAAAAUUGCAUCGAGUUCUGAGAGCGAUUCUCGACAUUGACGCCACCGACGCUUAUGACUUUUGGGUGAUAGCUGGUGACGAGACUGCCGGUCCAUCCUACUGCGAAGGCAUUGACAUUGAUGCUGCCGCCAUUGCAGAAUUCGUUCCGACUUUAACUUGUUCCUGA